AUGGAAAAUAUCUGCGCGACAUGUGGAAAAGAAAAUGUUCCUAAUAGGUGUUCUUUAUGCCAUAAGUUUUAUUACUGCGAUCAAAAAUGCCAAGGAAAACAUUGAAAAACUCAUAAAUGGACCUGUGAAGGAUAUCACCCACCUAGGUCAGCUGAUGAUUUCCAAUUUUUAUAUAUUUCCUAAUAAAUACGAAAAUUUCAUAAAAAUGUAAAAAUAUCCACAUUUUUUAUAAAAAAGUAUAGAAAUACUUGGAAUUGGCAAUUUUUCUGAGAUUAUUCAUGUAGAAGAAAGAAGAACAGGAAAGCAAUAUGCACUAAAAAAAGUAAACAAACAAAAAGUCACACAAUUGAGAAAGCAAGCUGACAUUUUGAUGGAAAAGCACGUCAUGAAUAGAUUAAAAGACUUAGAAGGGGUCGUUCAUCUAUAUGAAUGCUUUAAAGACUCAAUGGAUCUUUAUUUUCUAUACGAAAGAGUUGAAGGUGGAGAAAUAUGGGAUAGAUGCAAAAUUUUUGGGAUGCCAGAAAUCCAAAUGGGUUCCUUCACACGACGACUAUUUCAUAACGACUAUUUUUUUUUGGCCUAUUUUUUUUUUUGGCCUAUUUUUUUUUCACCUAUUUUUUUUUGGCCUAUUUUUUUUUGGCCUAUUUUUUUUUGGCCUAUUUUUUUUUCACCUUUUUUUUUUGGCCUAUUUUGUUUUGGCCUAUUUUUUUUUUGCCUAUUUUUUUUUUGGCCUAUUUUUUUUUGGCCUAUUUUUUUUUGGCCUAUUUUUUUUGCCUAUUUUUUUUUGGCCUAUUUUUUUUAGCCUAUUUUUUUACCUAGCCUCAUUCAUGAAGCUGCUGAGAGGACUAGAAUCUUAUUGAAAAACAGAGACUUUUUCUUACGCGAUUAAUAUUGAGUAAAUUAAGUGAAAAACUCCUAAUUCAAUCUAAAAUUUUCGAAAUUUUAAAACAAUUAAUUAGUAUUCAUGGAGUACGAAAUCUGUUAAGGGUGAUUUUUUGUUGGUUAAAUCGUUUAAAACACAUUAAAAUUAUAUUAAAGCAAUUAGUAUGGAAUUAUGCCCAAAUAUUAGUAAAAAAUAGUUAAAAAAUUGUCAAAAAAUCGGCCAAAAAAAUAGGCCAAAAAAAAAUAGGCCAAAAAAAAAAAUAGGCCAAAAAAAAAUAGGCCAAAAAAACAUAGUCGUUAUGAAAUAGUCGUCGUGUGAAGAUACGAUCCAAAUGAGGUAUUUUUUAAGACAAUUUUUAGAAACUAUGAAAGAAGUCCAUGCAAGGGGGAUCGUCCACAGAGAUAUCAAGACAGAAAAUGUUUUAAUCACAAAUGAAGGAAAAAUCAAAAUAAUUGAUUUCGGCACCGCAAAAGAUUUAGAACAUCCAGAAGUCGAGGUCCCUGGAAAUUCAAUGCGAAAAAAAAAAUUCGAAAAUUUCGUCGGAACACCUCAUUUUAUGGCUCCAGAAUGCAUAAAAAAUAAAGAUUCCUCCUUUAAAAGUGAUAUGUGGAGCAUAGGCUGUAUGGCUUAUUAUAUGUUAGCUGGCUAUCCCCCAUUCCAAGGCGGUUCUGAUUACUUAAUCUUCACCAAAGCUCUAGAGCUAAACUAUUCAUUUCCAUCCCAUUUUUCUGAAAAUGCUAUAAGCUUUAUUCAAGGAAUCAUAAAAUUAAUCCCAGAAGAGCGCCCUUCAGUCGAUGAUCUUCUUAAGCAUCAAUUUAUUUCUGAAGCUCCUACAAAAUACCCUAUAGCAAGCCUCAGAGAUAUUGCUUUAGAAACAAUCAAAGACGAUUUAACUAAAAAAUUCACCCACGAUAAUUAUGAAGAAGGAUUAAAAAAUACGUUUGACAAAUUUUGGGAAAAAUUAGGAAGAGUUGAUACUAGACUGCAAGAGCUUUAUGAUAGGCUUAACUCCCCCUCCGUGAAUGAGCAAAAAAAUUUUGUUUCACUCACGGAGGGGGUUAAUUUUUUUUUUUUUUAAAAUUAUAUAUAUAAUUUUAUAUAGAAAAAAUUUUUUCGAAAUUUAAAAAAAAUCCUAAUUUGCAAAAAUUGGGAAGCAAAUAUUAAUAUAAUUUAUAAAAUUUAUGUUUUAAAACUCAAUUUGUUAAAAAUUAAACAGAAUUAGCUCGAGAUUUCAUUAUACUAAUUAUCACUUAUAUAUAGCUCAUGCACCUUAAUAGAUCUCUAUACCCCAGCAGAAUACCGACCAGAAAAAAAUAUGGUACAGGGCACCUGCCUUAUACAGUAUAAGUCUGAUUAGGCACCUUAAGACCAUAAAUGGAGAUUUUUCAUUUUCAUUUUUACUUUUCAAAAAAAGCUGACAAGUACAAAUUAAUUUUGAAAAUUAAAAUGGAUGGCUAAUAAUGAUCUAAAAUAUUUCAGGGGCUAUAUCGAUUUUUUUUUUCUAUUAAAAAAAUUUUUGUUCGUUCACAGAGGGUGGGUUUUUGGGCAAAUAGCGAUUUUCCAAUGGUUUUGCUCACCCACGGAGGGGGGUAAGCACUUUUUCUCAAGAGAAGGGGCUCCUCCUAACCAAGGUGUCUAA